GCCGCGGACAUGACGGAAGUUUAGACGGUUGCUCUGGGUGAACGGAGUGAACACUUGACAGCAUCGCAUCCUAAAAAGACACUAUAAUCUCCCCCCAGAUUAACCCAGUCUCCCCUUUCCCUCACCCAUGGCUUCCACUAACAUAGACAUCGAGGAUGCGACCCAGCAUCUCCGGGACAUCCUCAAACUCGACCGUCCCGGCAACAGCGCCGAUGCACAGUCAAGUGAUGGCUUGAAAAUACCGUCUUUUAAUGGAGAGCUGAAUGGGUUAUUGGGGGCAGCAGGCCUUCUGGGAAGCACUGACACGUCAACCAUGUCAGACUCUACCCAACCCAUCUCCACAGACCUCAGCACUGCUCAGGAGAGUCAGAUCAUUUGCCUUUCUGGUGAUGAUGGCUCCACCUGUAUCCCUAUCACCUCCAACAACGUGGAGAUUGUGGCGAGUCAAGACUCCAGUAUCAACAGCAAGGCCCGUGGCAGCAACAAGGUGAAGAUUCAGCCUGUUGCCAAGUAUGACUGGGAACACAAGUAUUAUUACGGCAGACUGAUCGCUGUGUCCAACUCUUUUGUUGCCUAUGCCAUCAGAGGAGCCAAUAACCAUGCCAUGAUUCGUGUCCUGAGUCUGGGUUUUGCUGAGCGUUCAUUACUGAAAGGAUUCACUGGAGGUGUGGCAGAUUUGGCUUUUGCCCACCUGGACUCCUCCCUGUUGGGUUGUGUGGAUGAAGCAGGCAACCUGAUGGUCUGGCAACUCACCUGCACUGGAAUCAAGAUACUAGAUCAAAUAGUGGUUCAUAUCAGACGGCCAGAUGAUGCUCCACUGAACUCCCAACGGCGCCUCAUCUGGUGUCCAUUUGUCCUGGAGGACAAUGAGGAGAACCAGGAUGAUGCCAGCCAGACCUUGGCUCUUCUACAUGAAGACAGGGCCGAGGUCUGGGACCUGGAGAUCUUGAAAGCCAGCUACAGCAGUUGGCCCGUCGAUGCCGCAGAAGUGAAGGAUGGCGUCAUCACCGUGAAGGGACAUACACAGCGUGUCAGUGAAGGGGCCUUGUCUCCAGAUGGAACUGUAUUAGCCACAGCUAGCCAUGAUGGAUACAUCAAGUUCUGGCAGUUGUACAUAGAAGGGGGACAGGAUAAGCCCAGAUGUCUACAUGAAUUGAGGCCACAUGGAGGGCGUCCCCUCUCUUGUCUUCUUUUCUGUGACAACCACAAGAGGCAGGAUCCAGAUGUUCCUUUCUGGCGGUUCCUCAUUACUGGAGCAGAUCAGAACCAGGAGUUGAAGAUGUGGUGCACUGUUUCUUGGACCUGUUUACAGACCAUCAGGUUCUCGCCAGAUCCGUUCAACUCCUCAGCUCUGCCAAGUCUGAAGGCCAGCCUGGACCUGUCUGCCGAGUAUCUUAUUCUCACAGACGUACAGAGGAAGGUUCUUUAUGUGAUGGAGCUGCGUCAGGACCUGGAGAAAGGGAAGGCCAAUUUCACAGCGGUGUCAGAGUUUCUGCUCACCCACCCUGUGCUCAGCUUUGGAGUCCGGGAUGUGACCCACUGUCGACUGCAGCACACGGAGGUCCUUCCUGCAGAGGAGGAGAGCGAGAGCAUGAGUACAGAGGGCACUCAAGGACUCACAGAGUCCAAGUCUGGGAUCCAGAUCAAACUCUACUGUGUUCACACUAAGACUCUGCAGGAUGUACAGAUCUGGUUCCAGCCUCACAUGCUCUCCAGCUCUGCAGUCUUCCUGCCUCAUUCAGAUUCUCAGGAUGGUUUUGGGUUUUCAGAUCACCUCACUGACCACAGCUCUGACAAGGAAUCAGGAAGCGGCUCCCAGAAUGACCUGAGGAAGAUCCCAUCUCUUCCUGCUCCUACUGACUUUUUGUCAAACUCCACCACCGGGCCAAUGCCCAAGCUGAUGACUCCCGAUGCCUUCAUGACACCGAGCACUUCGGUACCAGCGUCUCCUGGCAGCAGUGGCAGCAGUCUGACCAUUGUAACCGCCAUCAGCAGCAACUCUGACUCCACUAACAGAGGGAUGGAUGAUAUCGGUCAGAGUCCAAACAGGGCAGAGUGCUGCAGUAGCAGCAGCAGCAGCAGCAGCAGUAGUAGUAGUGGUAGUAGUGGUAGUAGUGUGACACUCUCUGCCUCCACCAGCACCCCAAGAGCUGCUUCCUCUGUGCUGCUGCCUGGACUGGAGAAUCUGCAGUGCUCUCUUCCUCUCCAUAUCCAGGCUUUGGCAUCACCUUGUGCUCCUCUUGGACUUGACAACUCCCAGAUUCUGGACUCUCCCCUCCUGCCACCACUGGCUUCUCCGACCAGGGCUCGAUCCCCUGACGUCAUCUCCUCAGCCUCCACAGCCAUGUCCCAGGACAUGCCGGAGAUUGCAUCCCAGACCCUGCAGCUUCAGCGUGGAUUAGUAUCCAGCCUGGAACCCUUACCACUUUCUGCUCUCCAGACAGACAGCAUGGCCUCCGCUGCUUCUGCUCUGCACCUCCUCACGUCACCACGCACAGCCAACAGCUUAUUACCCCUGGAACUCGGAGGUGCAGAUGGACCAGUAGGUGGGGCUAUAGAGACAGAGCCUAGACUCAGCCACACUCCAUCUUUAUUGGAGAAUGCCUUAUCACAGGAGAACCCUGGAGUGGGUGGAGGUUCUUCAGAUGGUAACGUUAGCCACACACCAUGGCCUGCUGCACCUGACAUCACCAGAGAAACCAGGAACAGUCUCAGGGACAAUGGUCUAGGAGACUGUUCAAGAGACGAGUCAAAGGACCGACACCUGAGUUCACCUUACCACCGUCGCUCUUAUCACCUCACACAGAAUGACAGUCAGGACACUGGUCCAGAGCAGAGUGACCCUGAUGAUGAGGUGGCCAGCUUGGCAUCUUCCUCUGGGAACUGUGGCUCUCGUUCUUCUCACAGAAUCCCAGUUAAAGACUGGAAGUCUUCGCCACGAGGCUCGCCCAAACUGAAGAGGAAGUUAAAGAAAGAUGAUGGUGAAUCAUCUCAGUCUAGACAAAUGGAAUCUGGUCAGAUGAAUGCUGAGGUGCAGGACGAGCUGUUGAUGCUCCUGCGUAGCCAGCAGAGGGAGCUGACUGAACUGCGUGGGCAGCUGGAAGCUAUGCAGAGCUCCAUUAUUGCCCACGUCCUCACCAACCACCAGGAACAAGAACAGCGCAGACUGGAGCGAGUUCUGGCGGAGAGUCGGAAUCAUCAGCAGCAGCUUCAGGAUCAGCUCAGCCAGCAGCUUAGCCACACCCUCAGCUCCACUCUCACCAACAGAAUGGACAAAGUGCUGCGUGAGGAAAUGAAGAAAAUCGUCCCACAGACCAUCUCAAAAAGCCUGGAGCCUGUGACGGGUCAGCUGAGCAACACGAUUGCUGCCAAGCUGACUGCUGUGGAGGUCACCCUCAAGGACAAUGUCAGCAAGGUGGUCAAAUCCAAGAACACGACAGAUGCCAUCGGUCGGGCAGCGGCCGAAGCGAUGCAGGGGCCGAUCCAGGCGGCGUAUAAAGACGCUUUCCAGAGCAUCGUCCUGCCUGUGUUUGAGAGAGGCUGCCAGUCCAUGUUUCAGCAAAUCAACGACAGCUUCAAACAGGGAACACAAGAAUACAUACAGCAGCUCGAGACUCACAUGAAGACCAGAAAGCAGAGAGAGCAGGAGACUCGGGACCCCAUGGUUGGCCAGCUCCAACAGAUGAUUGACGGCUUCCAAAGCUCCACUGACCAGCUGGCCAAUAACAUCACGGCUAACGUCCGGGCUGAGGUCCAGCACCAGAUCCAGAUGAUGGUGGGAAAUUUGCAGGAGUCUAUUCUUAGCCACGUGCAGCGAAUUGUCAAAGGGGAGGUGAGCCUGGCGAUGAAGGAGCAGCAGGCUGUGGUCACCUCCAGCAUCAUGCAGGCAAUGAGGUCAGCGGCCGGUACGCCUGUCCCCACAGCACACCUGGACUACCAGACCCAGCAGGCCAACAUCCUGCAGCUCCUCCAGCAGGGCCAGGUCAACCAGGCUUUCCAGCAGGCUCUGUCAGCCACAGAUCUGAACUUGGUCUUAUACGUGUGCGAGACCAUCGACUCUCAGCAGGUGUUUGGUCAGCACCCCUGCCCACUCAGCCAGCCCGUGCUGCUGUCGCUCAUCCAGCAGCUCUCGUCCAACCUGUCAACCCGCUCUGAGCUCAAAAUCAGCUACCUGGAGGACGCGGUGAUGAAUCUGGACCACAGCGACCCGCUGACGAGAGACCACAUGUCGUCCGUGUUGGCUCAGGUCCGACCCAAGCUCUUCACCUUCCUGCAGCAGGACCCACACAGCCUGCUCAGUAAGAGGGCGCGGCGCCUGAUGAUGAUGCUGCAGGGCCUCGUCACCCACUAGUCCCCCUGGUUUUUUCGAGUAUGGCGCAGAGAAAGCAAGUUCACACCAUUUUGUCCAGUUUUUGUUCAGACGCGCAGGAAAACUUCACUUUAAAGCUGUUUGCUGGAGCACGAGGACGAGGACGGACCUUGUCGGUCGCAGGUGGACGACGACGACGACGGCGGCGGCGGCUCCUCCAUGAACAAGUUUGAAACUUUUCACUUGGUUUGUUGACGUCCCCCUCAUGUCCUUUCAGAUCCUGUCCUCUCAUCCUACUGCACCAGUGAGACGUCACGUUUAAAUAGUGGACUACUUUAGUUCCCCUUCUUUUUCCCCCCGUAGACACACACACAUGUAAGAUGGUGAAAAGUCUGGACACAGAGAUGGCUGUUGUUUGUUGAGGAGACUCUUUAAGUUCACUGUAGAUUUCCUUCAGAUUUUUCUGCUGCUCCCCUCAAGAGACGGCCUGAGCGCCCUCUCGUCCUUUUAUCCCUUUUUUCCGUGAACGACUGUCUCAGAGACGAGAGCCCGGUAACUGUGGUCCCCCCCCCUCCCCCGUCUCCCGUACGCACAGUCCUGGACACUUGUUUUGACCUCACAUCAACAGAAUGUACAGCUGAGUGGUCCACGAGACCCCGCGUCACAGCGUUCCCUUCUCCUCUGAUGUGAUCCUCUGACCCUUUUUCCUUCUGUUUUUUUGUUACUGGACAAGAAAAAAGGGAGUCGUGUUUUCAUUUUUCAUUUCUUCUGUUUUCUUCGGAUUGAAAUUGACGCCCGGCACCUUCAACUUCAGUUUUCUAUAAUCACAGAGCAAAAAUAUCUAUCGUCCCAAAGUCAGUUUAUGUUUGGAGGGAUGUUUCAGUUCAACUGUAUUCCUCAUUAGUUUGGAGAUGACAUCAGGCCAAAAUCUCAGUGAGGAUCAACAAUUAUUUUUACUCAAACUAACCUUGUUUUCACAAAUCUCUUUAAUCAUUGUUCCCGAUGGAAACAAAUAAAAAAUAAAUGAAUAAAAGAGACACAUUUUUUUAGUUUAAUAAGUGUGUACGACAGUCCUUCAAAGUAAUAUUUCUUCCCCUGGUAGAUUUCCACUCUUUUCUCCUGUGACGGCCCGCCUUCUUUUUUUAUAUAUAUAUAUAUAUAUAAAUAUAUACAUAUAAUGACAUGUAGUAUUUGUAAGACUUGUAUUCUUGCUUUAAAAAAAAAGUUGUCAAAACUAGUUAUCAAACACGUCCCGAGCAUUAUUGUUACUGCUGACUGUAGUUUAUUAUCAGGAGGUUCCAAAUAAAGUGGUGUAGUUGCAUCUCACGCGCUCUAGGAGGCAGCACUUAUUUGGACUUGCACAUCAUCAUCACCACCAUUUAAGUUGUGCACUCAUGUGAAAUCAUUCCUGCUCUCACAGUAUCUGGCGUCGUUUAAAAACAAAAAAGUUGGACGCACGUUUGAUUGUGAAGUAGACGUUUAUUUGACUUUGUUGCAUUUUAGACUCGGUUAAGGUGGAUUUGUGUAGCAAGUGCCUUAUUGUAUUCAACCUGUUUUUGUUCCCAGCCGGGCCUUUAACGUUCACACUUUGUCCCGCGGCAGUUUCCAUUUAACCUUGAAAGGCAUUUAGUCCAUUGAAAAUAAAAAGAAUAAAUAAAUACAGUGUGGUGAGGAGGCGUAAACAGAGUUGCAUUAAGGAGAGGAACCUGUUUUUGUUUUUGUUUGGAAACAUUUGACGGAUAUUUGACUGCUCAUCAUGUCGGUGAGUGGAAGAAAAAAAGAGAGAUAAAGAGAUGGAACGUUCUGACUGUGAAGGUCAGGCUUCACUCUGUCGCCUUUGUCUUCUCUUGUCCAUUGUUUGUUGCUUAUGUUAUGUAUCUUUUACAGUUUGUUUUACCCCGAACAUUUUUGGAAUAAAAAAAGGCUUGUUCAAUUUUUUA